AUGCCUCGCUUGCUGCUUCAGUCAUACAGGUCACAGGUGGUGGAGUUUCUUGAGGAGUUUGACCGUUACUCUUCCUUGGCCAAGCUCAUGUCAAUCUACCAAGCAACCAACAGGACCACCUUCAACUGGACAGACAGCCGCAUUGUUGAGUGGGAGAAAUUUGCCGAGCUGGCUAAAUAUGAGCCGGAAUCCCAGAAACCAACAGUGAAAGCUCUCCUAAUCGUGGCGUACUCAGUCAUAAUCGUCAUGUCUCUCUUUGGAAACGUGCUGGUGUGCCAUGUGGUGCUGAAGAACAAGAGGAUGCACUCGGCCACCAGCCUUUUCAUUGUCAACCUGGCGGUGUCUGACAUUAUGAUCACACUGCUCAACACGCCUUUUACCCUGGUUCGGUUUGUGAACAGCACGUGGGUCUUUGGAAAGGCCAUGUGCCACAUCAGCCGCUUCGUGCAGUACUGCUCCCUCCACGUCUCCACGCUGACCCUGACGGCCAUCGCCCUGGACAGGCACCAGGUCAUCCUGAACCCGCUGAAGCAGAGGAUGUCACUAACGAAGGGAGCGCUGAGCAUCUCUGUUAUUUGGCUGAUGGCAACCUGUUUCUCCCUACCCCACGCCAUCUAUCAAAAGCUUUUCCAGUAUAACUACAG